AUGCUUGACAGCGAGAUGUUGACCAACGAGUUUCGGCCGAGGGCUUCGCACCAUGUGUGCAUCCUGCCACGUGUCAGCAGAGGCACCGCCGAAGAAAGCGGCGUGUGCUCACGCGCCGGCUGGUUCAGCUGCAGCGCCGGCGGCACCCGCACCUCUGGCUUCUGCACCGGCGGCUCAGGCACCCAUGGAGGCGGCGGCUCAGGCACCCGCACCUCUCACCUCUGCACCGGUGGCUCAGGCACCCGCACUUCUUACUUCUGCACCGGCGGCUCAGGCACCCGCACCUCUCACUUCUGCACCGGCGGCUCAGGCACCCGCACUUCUUACUGCUGCACCGGCGGCUCAGGCACCCGCACCUCUCACCUCUGCACCGGUGGCUCAGGCACCCGCACUUCUUACUUCUGCACCGGCGGCUCAGGCACCCGCACUUCUUACUUCUGCACCGGCGGCUCAGGCACCCGCACCUCUCACCUCUGCACCGGUGGCUCAGGCACCCGCACUUCUUACUUCUGCACCGGCGGCUCCGGCUCAGCUGUGGAAACUUCGCCCGUGCAGACAAAGGGGUACAAACGCUUCCGUGCAAAGAUGCCAGAGCCAGUGGAGUUUCAGGAGGCCCUGCAGGCGGCUGCUGCCCUGACGGAUGAUCAGCGCCAGCUGAUCUUGGAGCUGGCUACUGAUGUGGAGGGUGGCAACACAGGCCGCGUGGCGUACAGCAAGAAUCCAACGGAGCACUGCAAGGUGUGCGGGGGGCAACGACAUCAAGUGAAGUGGGGCGAGGUGCGGUCAGCUGAGCGCACCCAGGCUAGCAUUCCGCGUGGGAGCUUGUGCUAUUGCUGCGUCAGAGCCGCGAAAGAUUUUGGCUUGAGAUGCCGAUCGUACACGGUGUACCGCAAAGCGGGCGCCUUGUCAGUGUGGCGCGCGCGUUCCCUUCUGGAGCGCAGAAAGCUCAGCAAUUACAGCGGGGACACCUGCAAUUGCGGCACUUGCUUGGGUUGA